CUUGCUUGAAUAGGUACAUCUAACGCAAAAUAUUUUUAUUUAUAAAAUUUUAAUAAAAUACUACCUACAUAAAAUACUAGGUAUAAUAAUAGGAGGCUAAAUAAAAGGAUUACAGGAGUAAUACAAGAUCUACUGUUCCUUGGUGUUAACUUGACUUGCACUGUAUAAUGUUCAUAAUUAUUGUUGUUAUAAACUUCGGUGGAUUCUAAAGGAUUCUGGGUUUAUGCAGAUUAUUGCAAAAUCUAUGGGUUCUUUAAUGAUAAAUUUCACUUGGGAAUGGGAAGACAUAUGUGGCCCCAACGGUUUGCAAAUAUGGAACGAAGAGUUAAAAGAUUUCGGCCAAUGUUUUCAAGAACUCUUUUUACAGAUACCAGUAUUAUUCAUACUAGCCACAGUGUCUGGGUUUUAUAUAGGAUACCGAAGGGACUGGGUUGUUCGAGAGAAAAUUCAAGAACGUGCUAUAGUUUUACGUAGUUUCGUCGCCUUAACGCUAGCGUUCAUUCCAAUUAUUGAGUUGUAUUUGUUUAUAACUCAAAAAUAUUUCGUUUUGUAUCCUGUUGAUUAUUUCCUUGCUGGAACAUCAUGCCUAUCAUGGUUAGUGCAUUUUGGAUAUGUACUUGCCCUGAAACAGCGCCUUGGAGUGAGUUCUCGAGGUCCUACUCUGUUGGUUUUUUUAUGGAGUUUAUCUGCAAUUCUAAAUGUAAUUGCUUUGCGCACCAACAUAUUGACAAUAUCUUCUAUGACAUUCAACAUCACCAUUCUCUGCUUCCAUUCCGUCUACCUAAUAUCACUGUUACCGUCUAGUGAUUCAAGACCUACUUACUAUUCACCAUGUCUUGUUGGCAGUCAGCACUCUCAUAGUGAGUAUACUCCACUACUCCCACACAUGGAUGAAGGAGUACUAGGAACAGCUUUGCAAGGCAUUGGUUGCUUCUCUCAAACCACAUUCACAUGGGUCUAUCCACUUCUACAGAAAGGUUGUGAAAACAAGUUGAGAGAUCCAGAAGAGCUUUUUGACAUUCCUGGAAAAUAUAGAUGUUCUUAUGUGGGGGCAAAAAUGGAUAGGGCCUUGAUUGGAAACAUAGACAAUUAUCAUUACACAGAAGUACCACAUGAACCUUUUAUUGUAUCGAGCUAUGGAUCAGUUGGGCAAACAGCCCCUCAAGCUUCGACACCAGUGACGCCCACAUCGCGAGUGCUGGUACGACAUCGGCAUAAUGUAACCUUACUUCGCGCCUUACACACCUGCUUUGGGCUGCAGUUCUACAGCAUUGGCAUUUUGAAAUUGGUCUCGGACAUGGCAGGAUUUGCUGGGCCCUUGCUUCUGAAUUAUCUAAUCACGUUUGUUGACGACGAGAGCAUUGAUCCACAUUUGGGAUACCUAUACGCGUCAGGACUGCUAGCCGCGACGCUGGUAUCUGCACUAUUCAAUAUUCACUUCAACUGGCUCAUGUCGCUAGUGGGCCUGAAGAUGCGCGGUGCCAUCGUGUCAACCCUCCUCCGCAAGACUCUGAGCGUCACCUCCACGGAACUGUCCAAGUCGUUCACAGUCGGGGAAAUCACCAAUUAUAUGUCGACUGACUGUGACAGGAUCGUGAAUUCAUGCCCCAGUUUUCAUGCUUUAUGGAGCAUACCGCUUCAGCUAGUGAUCACGCUAUUCCUGCUGUACCAACAAGUGGGCGUGUCCUUCCUGGCGGGCGUUGCAUUCUCAGUGGUAUUAAUUCCUGUGAAUAAAGUGAUCGCCAACAAGAUUGGUCAGCUUAGCACCGAUCUCAUGCAUCAUAAGGACAUCCGAGUUGGUCUCAUGAGCGAUUUGCUCAAAGGAAUCAGGACAGUUAAAAUGCAUGUGUGGGAAGACUACUUCAUAAAUAAGGUUAAUGAGGCCAGGUCGGGCGAGCUACGGUACCUCCGCGGCCGCAAGUACCUGGACGCGAUCUGCGUGGUGCUGUGGGCCACCACGCCCGUGCUCGUGGCCGCGCUCACGCUCGGCACGCACCAGCUCAGAGGGAAACUGCUGGACGCGCCCACUGUAUUUACAACCAUAGCUUUAAUCAACAUGUUGAUCGCGCCUCUGAAUGCCUUCCCUUGGGUGCUCAAUGGACUCAUGGAAGCAUGGGUGUCCAUAAAGAGAAUACAGAAGUUUCUAGACCUGUCAGACAUGGAUUCUGAGAGGUACUACGACAGACUAAAUACAAACGAAGACGAAGACAAAGUGAUUAUAUUCAAAAACGCAACAUUCGCGUGGGCUAAGCCAAGCAUCGUCAAGAUACCGUUGCCAAAACCAAAGAAAAAUAAAGGCAAAAGAUCCUCUAAAGGGAAUAUAAAGAGGCGAGAGUCUAUUUCGUCCAGUGAUGCGGUAUAUCAAGAAGAGUUGUUUUCGUUGAAAGACAUAUGUUUAGAGAUCGGGAGGGACCAAUUGAUAGGAGUUACGGGUAGCGUCGGCAGCGGAAAGACUUCAUUGCUUUUGGCUAUCAUCGGCGAGAUGAAGAAGGAAAAUGGGGACAUACAAAUACCUGAAAGUUUAAAUAGUUUCGGCUACGUGCCGCAGACGCCGUGGCUGACGCGCGGCACUAUCCGCGACAACAUCCUGUUCGGGAAGCCCUACGACGAGGCCAAGUUCCGGGCGGUCGUCGACGCAUGCGCACUUACUGAGGACCUGAACAUUCUGGGCUGGAACGCGUUCGUGGGCGAGGGCGGCUGCACGCUGAGCGGCGGGCAGCGCGCGCGCAUCUCUCUCGCGCGUGCCGUUUACCAGGACAAGCGAGUGUAUCUGCUGGACGACGUGCUGUCGGGGUUGGACGGGGAGGUGGCGGCGCACGUGAUGCAACGCUGCGUGCUGGGGCUGCUGCGGCACAGCACGCGCGUGCUGGUGUCGCACUCGCCGCGACAGCUGGCGCGCGCGCACCACGUCGUGCUGCUGCGUGCCGGCCGCGUGCUCAGCCAGGGUCCCCCCGAAGUGGUGUUACGCGAUAUGGAGGACAUAUUUCCGAGCGAGACAGAGAGCAUCGGCGAGGAGCCGCCGCAGCCCCGCGAAGACAAGGCUGAUGCCGUCAGUAGGGACAGCCUGGACGAUGAGGAAGAGAUGUCGCAAGGAACCGUUGGCUGGUGGGUGAUAGGACUUUAUUUGCGCUCGGUCGGCGCAUUCCUCUCUCUUAUGAUAUUGCUCUCUCUAAUUCUCAUGCAAGUCUCACAGAACUUCACAUUCGUAUGGCUGUCCUUCUGGGUACAGAGCAAGAAGAAUACGACGAACGUCGGUGAUUUGGAGCUACACGAAAACAAAACCUUGUUGGAUCAUGGAUUCAUCACCGUCGAUAAUAUAAUACACAAGAUUGUUAACGCCUCGAUUUCUUUGAUCAAUGGUGACAGUAUAUUCGGUCAGAAAGAUAGUGUUAAUGAAACUGUCAGUGGGACGGAUCCAGUGAUAGAACUGACCGCUACAUCGUCGCCUGAUGACACAUAUUAUUUGGAAAUAUAUUUCAUGUUGGCUGGCUUAAAUCUAGUCUUCACAAUAAUGAGAGCGUUUUUGUUUGCGUAUGGAGGAGUUCAAGCCGCUGCCAAGAUACAUAAAAUGCUACUGAAAGUCAUAGUGAGGGCAAAAGUAAAGUUUUUCGACGUGACGCCUCUCGGCCGCAUUCUAAACAGAUUUUCGUCGGACACCUACACCGUGGACGACUCUUUACCAUUCAUUCUUAAUAUUCUUCUAGCUCAAGUUUUUUCAUUGUUAGGUGCGAUUGCCGUGACGGUGUACGGUCUGCCGUGGAUCCUAGUGGCGGUGUUGCCGGUGGCGUGCGUGUACUACCGCCUGCAGCGGCUGUACCGGCCCACGUCGCGGCAGCUCAAGCGGCUGCAGAGCGUCACUCUGUCACCCGUCUACACCCACUUCAAUGACACCAUCGAAGGUCUGACGAUAGUCCGCGCCAUGGGAUCUACGUCACGAUGGGCAGAAACUGGAGACGAGUUGGUGGAAAGCUGGCAGCGAGCGGCGCUGUGCUCGGCCGCGGCGCAGCAGUGGCUGGCGCUGCGGCUGCAGGCCGCCGCUGCGGCGGUGGUCGGCGCCAGCGCUAUAGUCUGCGUGCUGCAGCGCGGGAACCACACACUACACGCAGGUCUCGUCGGCCUCGCCAUAUCGUACGCGCUGUCGAUGACGUCGAUGCUGAGCAAUGUGCUGAACGCGUUCACUGAGACCGAGCGGGAAAUGAUCGCCGUCGAACGAGUCGGCGAGUACAUCAAACAGAUUGAAUGUGAAAAGAUAGAUGGAGAAUCGCCACCUUAUGGCUGGCCUUCGCAAGGCGUUAUAGAAUUCGACGAUGUUUAUGUAAAGUACAGCGAAUCGGAAUCCGCGAACAUGGCCUUGCGCGGCGUGACGUUCUCUUCGUUCCCGGGGGAGCGGCUGGCGGUGGUGGGCCGCACGGGCGCGGGCAAGAGUUCCCUCAUAGCCGCCGUGUUGCGUCUCGUGCCGGUCGCCAGCGGGAAAGUGUUCGUGGACGGCGUCGACAUCACUACUCUGCAUCUACACGCGCUCAGGUCUCGCGUGGGCGUGAUCCCCCAAGAGCCGUUGAUAUUCUCGGGCAGCAUCCGCGAGAACCUGGACCCGCUGCGCGCGCACGCGGACGCGGAGCUGUGGCGCGCGCUGCAGAGCGCAGGCGCGGCGCAGGCGGCGCGCGCGCACGGCGGGCUGGGCGCGCGCGCGCGCGAGCUCACGCGCGGGCACGGGCAGCUGCUGAGCGUCGCGCGCGCGCUGCUGCACAGGCCCAAGAUCCUCCUAGUGGAUGAGGCCACAGCCAACUUAGAUCAAGAGACAGAGCGUUUGAUUCUCGACACUCUCCGCAGCAGCUUCGGCGGCAGCACUGUAGUGUUCGUGGCGCAUCGGUUGGCCGGGGUGUUGGAAAGUUCCAGAGUUCUGGCGCUCUCCCAGGGUAAGGUCAUUGACCUGCGCUCCCCACACGACGCCUUAGAAGACCCCACUUCAUAUUUGUACGGAUUGAUUCAUAACACGUAAUAGUGUAACAUUUUGUGAAAGAAAAAUAAAUACACGGUUAAAGACUAAAAAGAAUAAAUCUUAAAAACAAAACACGGAACAAUAAAAAAGAGACAUAACUUAACCUACCACACUUUUUUAUUGUUCCGUGAAAAAAAAAAAACAAUGACUUCGAGUCCAAUUGACUCGUUGCAUAACUUGAUUGAAUUCGAGGUUGUUUUGAGCUAACUGGCUAAAACGAAAAGGCUUUUUAUUGAUGGCAUGUGAUGUUAGAUGGUUAAUAAAAAGUUACUUUCGUAAUAUUAAUAAAAAAAAUAGGUUACGAAAUGAUUUUAGAUUGAGAGAGACACUACUGUUAUCGUUUAAAUAAUUAAAUACUUAUUUUUCAUAAAGUUAUUAAAGUUUGUUCCUUUAGUUUAAUAAGACUUAUUUACACUUUAUUAACCCUUCUUAUCCUUACAACGGAUAUAUAAAACAUAUUCCGGUGACAUUAGGCUAAUUUCAUGAUAAUACAUUCGAGAGGCUGACUGGUUUAUCCUAUUUCAUUGAUAUUUUAAAUUAUUUUUUUCUAUUUUAAAAUUAUAGCAUGUAUUAAUUAGCUUGCAUGUGGAACGAAAUGUGUGAUGAAAGGCGAGUGCUUGUAUGAAACUUAUUUGAGUAGAUAUUAAUAUAAUUAAGCUUAUGGACGAUUUGUUAACAAGUUAUGGAUUUUCGAAAGUUACAUAUUUUAUGACUGAAUAUUUAAUUACUCGUUACCAUUGUAUUGUAUCAUGUUCUAAUAGAAUAUAAUUUUUAUUAUGAUAUUGAAAGGAACUUCUGUUAUCUACAAGGGUCAAUCGGAAAUAUUAAACAAAGUAUUAACUGACAAGACGUCACAAUGUUUUAGUUAAAAUUUUCAUCUUAUUUUGAUUGAAAUAAUUCUAGACGGCUUUAAAAAUCUUACUUUAUCGAAUAACUUAGGGACCAUUCUUGUUCCAUUUUUGAUUAUUUUUGUUCCCAAAAUUGCAGGCCUUAUAGUAACUUUUAAUGUAAGUAAGUUAAAUGUUAAACGACAGACAUCAAUUGAUAAUUGAGUUAAACGUUUACUUAAGCUAGAUAUUGCCAACAUGGUCAGACUGAUCAAAAGGUCUAGUCGCUGUGAGUUAGUGUUGUGUUAUUGCUGUAAUGUUAUGCAUGCACAUUCCAUUAGCAACGAAAUAUAAAUUACGUUAUCGUAUUUUACGGUUUACAACCAAAUCGUUAACUAGGUUUCAAUGCUAAUAUAUUAAAACUUAGCACUAAUAAGUAUUGUAUUAGGAAAUUCUACGGCCAAAAGAGUAUGUAAUGCUAUCGCUAUAGCUUGAUAUGAAGUUAGGGGCCUUCGUGGGUUCGGUUAUAUUUUCCAGUAUUUGAAGCAUGCGUUUGCGCAACACAUUUGCAUAUUUUAUAUCAGUAUACGAUUAAGUGUACGUUAUUUCAUUCUAUCCGCUAGAAUUCAUUGAUUAAUCCUUGUGAAUAAUAUUAAGAAAGAAAAUUUUUAAGCGCCAAAUACUCAUGCGCGAAUACCGCGAAUCGCACUGUUUCUCGCCUUGAUUCGUCUAUUUGUUUCAUUAAUUCGCAACUGACGCGCCGCUAUUUCAGUGCGCUACGUAUGUUAUUUGACGCAUAAUAAAAUUUUAGAAAUGAAAUACUUGUGAUAAUGAUCAAUGUAAUUUACUAUAUUUUGACAAAAUAAAUGUAUAUAACUAUAA